AUGCAGCUGCUCGUAUCCUCUAAUAUAAAACAACUCUGCUGCAUGGGUGGCGCUCUGAAAAGGAAUCCUGUACUGCUGCAACAGCUGAAGAAGGAAUACCAGUCUCUCGAAUGCCUUCCCAACACGGAGUCCAUAGAAGCCUGCGUUGGAGUGGCUCUUUACACUGCAUCGGUGUUGACUUCGCAGCGCUCGGCCAAAUAG